AGAGUCACUGAGAUGACAUCAAAAACCGAAACCAAAAGGAAAAACUUGAGGUAAUGGAAAUUAACUGCACCACAAGCUGCUUUCAGUCAGUUUUACAGACAGCGACUGAGACACUGGCAGAGGCGAUCCUCAUUUCCACCUCAGCAUAAAGACGUAGGAGGAGCUCUUCUUCCGCCCAGUUGGAGAGACAACCGCUGCUGUUGUUAUUGGUGAAUCUCAGGAUCUCAAGAACAAUGGGUGGAUCCAAUUCAAGCACUGCAGUGAUGUCUGACUGGAGCCCGGUGAAGCCUGUCACUCCAGAGGUGAAGCGGAUGUGCCUUGAGAUGAAGUCACAAGUAGAGGAGUCGGCUGGAGUCAAUUUUGCGGUUUACAUUCCUGUUGAUUUUAUUUCCACAAAUGAGUGUGGAAUAAACUACACAUAUGUGAUAAAGGUGGACGUUGGAGGAGAGACGUGUGUUCAUGUAAAGAUAUUUCAAGCAGCUGGAGGAGAACGGAAUGUGCAAGAUACCCGCUAUCCAAAAUCCAACAGUGACCCUCUGUUCCCCUUCUAAACACUUCUAACUGCACAUAGUUGGCACAGUCUGUCUUAUCAAAUAACAGACAAACAGAAC